UGUUCUAUCGUCUCUUGAAGUAUUUAAUUUGUGAUAUAAAAUUUCAUUGCUGUGUUAACGGUGGAGAGGGAGGAAUCAUGGGUGAUUCAAGCGACUCUGUUUCUAUUGAUAUUGAGAUGAUAUCUUUAGGAGGGAAGGAAUGUUUGGUCGAGACAAGUAAAGGUUCCAUCUCUGUUUUCGUUUGUGGGGAUAAAGAAAAGCCUGCUCUAAUUACAUACUCAGAUGUUGCUCUCAAUUCUAUGGCUUGCUUUCAAGGUCUCUUCUUUUGCCCAGAAGCAGCUUCAUUGUUGCUUCACAAUUUCUGCAUUUACCACAUUGAGGCCCCUGGGCACGAGUUAGGAGCAGCUACCAUUUCUGCAGAUGCUCCCUUGCUUAGUGUAGACGACCUUGCUGACCAGGUUGCUGAAGUGCUCGACCUUUUCGGGCUCAAAGAGGUUUUAUGCUUGGGUGCAACUGCUGGGGCAUACAUCCUUACACUCUUUGCAAUGAAAUACAAGGAAUGUGUUCUUGGGUUAAUCCUUGUUUCCCCACUUUGCAGAAAACCUUCAUGGAAAGAAUGGCUAUAUAACAAGGUGAUGUUGAACUUGCUCUACUUCUAUGGUAUGAGUGGUUUAUUGAAGGAGUGUCUUCUCCAGCGUUACUUCAGUAAGGAAAGUAGGAGUGAUAUGCAUGGUGCUGAAUCUGACAUAGUACAAUCUUGCCGAAGGUUACUGGAUGAAAGACAAAGUUCAAAUGUCUUGCGCUUUCUUCAAGCUAUUAACGAGAGGCACGAUCUUACUGAUGGCUUGAAAAAAUUAAAAUGCAAGACACUCAUUUUUGUGGGUGAAGACAGUGUGUUUCACUCCGAGGCCCUCCACAUGAGCACUAACAUGGACAAGAGAAGCAAUGCUUUUAUCGAGGUUGAAGCAUGUGGCUCACUGGUUACAGAGGAAGAUCCAUAUGCCAUGCUGAUCCCUCUUGAGUUCUUUUUAAUGGGUUUUGGGUACCAUAGGGAGCCACCUCCUACAUCAUUGUCAAGUCAAGGCUCAACCCUUACCAGCAUCUCCAGCCAUUGGUGCAUAGAGCCAGAGCUCCUGUCACCAGAGAGUCUAGGAGUCAAACUCAAACCUAUCAAGACCCGCGUCGCACUUGAAGUUUGACAUGAAAAGGACAUAUUUGUUCAAUGCGCGCAACUUCAUUAG